ACCAUCCAUCAAAACGUCACUAUUGACAGCGUCAACCCGCAGGUUUUGUUUACGUUACGAAUUCACGAUUUCUAAUUAGUUUAUAAAAACGCGAUCAUUCCUUAACACCUUGACAUACAAAGGUGUAAUUAAAUUGUGGAAUCAAUUUCUAAUAAGGACCGAAACAAAUCCAUAAAAUGGAAAACCUGAAAAACAUUUGGAAACCGGAAUUGUAUCGAAUACAAAUGGAAGCUCCGAAGCCAAAACGAAUGGUUUGUGAUAAUUUGGACGAUAGACCGGAGUUCUACGGGCGAGAAUACCACGGUGUAAUGAGUCAUAAGGAAGCCACUUCAAUUCUUGAAAACGAACCCGAUGGUGCCUUUCUAAUAAGAAAAGGCAGUCAGGGCAACGAUUUCUUUACGUUAACUCUAAAAUUUGAUGGCAAAAUUCAUCACUAUAAACUGUACUACGAUGGGUCACAUUACAUAGGUGCUAAACGCUAUGACACUAUCUAUGACUUGGUGGCGGAUGGGCUGGUCACGUGCCACAUGGAACUGAAAGCUCAUCAUAUCUUUGAGAUGAUCAACUCUAGAGCAAGCUACCCUGAAAGUCCGUAUGUUACGCUAAACAGACGGAAGUUAAACACACUUUCUAGGAUGCAACAGGCUUCAAACAACACCAGCCCAAUUAUAACCAAAAAGACUGAAAACAAAGUGACCAUAGACGAAGAUGGAAUGAAGAAGCCUCCUUUUGAUCUCACACCAUCCAUAGAGGACAAUCCUCUAGUGGUGAAAUACUCUAAAUCACAUAGUUUUAAAGUACACACGUUUAAAGGCCUGAAUUGGUGUGAAUUGUGUGCGAAUUUCCUGUGGGGAUUCACUGCUCAAGGAGUGAAAUGUGAAGAUUGCGGAUUCAUAGCCCACUCAAAAUGUUCGGAGCGCGUUCCGAAUCACUGCGUGCCUGACUUAAAGAAACUCCGUGGAGUUUUCGGCAUAGAUUUGACGACGCUUCUGAACGCACACUCGAGCACUUUGCCGUUCGUGGUUAAGAAGUGUGUGAACGAAAUAGAAGAGAGAGGAAUGGACUCUGAAGGGAUAUAUAGGGUGUCAGGGUUUGCUGAUGAGAUUGAGGCUUUGAAAUUAGCUUUUGAUAAAGACGGUGAAGCAGCAGAUCUCAGCGUGUACAGUAAUAUCAACGUAGUGGCCGGUACGCUCAAGCUGUACUUGCGUCUUCUCCCGGUGCCGCUCAUUACGUACGAAGUACAUCCCAAGCUGGUGCAGGCUAUACAAGCCAAAACGCAAGCGCAGCAAAUAUCUUUGCUCCGAGAAUGUCUGGACUGCUUACCGCCGGCGCACUUCAACUGUUUGCAGUACAUGGUGCAACAUUUACACAGAGUAUCUCAACUAUCCGACGUGAACAAGAUGAGUGCGCACAACUUGAGCACAGUUUUCGCGCCAACUCUAGUCGCCACGCCGCCCGCCAUCACUGACCUCGCCUUCGAAAUACGAGCCCUACAGGUGCUUAUAGAAAACUGCCCGCAAAUAUAUUACGGUAAUAAAUAAACGGCCUACAGACAUAAAGUGAAAGAACGAAAAUACUUCAUAUCAUCAUCUGCCUAGCCUUUACCCAACUACGUUAGGGUUGGCUUCCAGUCUAACCGGAUGCAGCGAGUACCAGAGCCUGUCUGAACUCAUCAACUCAGUUACAAAUGAGGAAGGAGACUAAUUAAGUUGCUUUUACACAUUUAAAGGUAGUGAUAAAAAAUGUUUAAGUGCAUAGUAUGCCAAGACGUAUCUACUUUGAUUUAUAAACUUACCUAUCUUUGAGCUAAAUUAUACAGGGUGUAUUGUACCUAAUCACAUAGGUAUACUUUAUGAUAUUCUAUGGCGAAUUGUAAAAAAAUUACCGAUACACCCGAUACUUCGAUUAAAUUCCGAAAAUCAUAAUACCUAAAUAUUAUUUGAAAAUUGACAAAAAGAUGGUGGACCAUUUUUAAACACUUUCAUAAGUAUUUUGUGUGCCUACUUCCGUAGUAUUUUAAUCAUAAUAAUUUCGUAUUACACAAAGACAAUAUAAAAUAGGUUUUUUAUUCGUAUACAUAUUUGUGCUACUGGCGUAGACUGAUUUUUAUCUUGAAGUAUUAAGAAUUUCAUGCUCAAAUAUCAUGGAGUGUGUGGUAUUUUGAACGUUACGAAUGUUGUGUUAUAACUACUGGACUGAUUUAAAAAUUUGUCAGUCUGUUAUAUAGCUUAGGGUCCGUUCAGAUAAACCGGCUCGGAGAGCAUCGGCGCGUAUUUUUCUUUUCACACAGACCAGAGUCGGCUCCGAUCAGCUGCGUGAGAUGCAAUUGGAGCCAAACGUCAGCAAGACCGAGAAAAAGUACACGAUCGGAGCCGGUCGGCUCCUCUUAUUAUUUCACACCGAGCGCCUCCGAGCAUUCUUAAUGACAAAAGCAGUGCGCGUGCAAAAAUAAACCUUACUACAAAUACUAAGUACUCGAUUUUCAACGUGUUAAGAAUUUGCCCUUCUCUCCGAGCCGGUCUGUCUGAACAGACCCUGUGUCUGCAACAUACAUCCAAGCAUGGCGGACCGAAAUUGCGACGGCUAUUGCAAUUGGUUUAACGUACUUUUAUUUGAAGCGACAAGACUUGUAGUCUUGCGAGUUUAAACUCACUUUACACUUUGUAUAAAGUCGGAGUUAUACAUAGCUCGAUAGUUGCAAAGAGUAGUAGGUAUUUGAGCGCUUAUUAUUCAAUCUUUUGUAGAAUUCCUGACUUUUAUAGUGGAAAUUGUAUCUUAGAAAAUUUUAAGCAUUUACUUAGAUUUAAGAUUUAAAUAUGAGGCAUAAGUGCUAUUAAAAAAUCUCACAAAUUAGUUGGUAAGUUAGUUUGUACGUGCAAUAUUAUUUAUCUCUUAUAAAAAACAUUGUGAUAUCGGAAUUUCGGUCUUUCUAAAAGAAAAUUUUCUUUUUCACCAUUCCAGGUUGUGUACUAUUAGUUCUAAGUUUUAUAACCAAAAUAAAUAUUGUUUUAAGAAAUAACUGAAUUUAAUUGUAGUAAUGAGGUUUUCAGCACAGACUUGAAACUCAUAAUAAAAACUUAUUUACUGUAUUUUAUAUUAUAUCACUUUUAUUCUAAGAAGAACCUCAUCUAGGCCCAGUCUUCAAAGCGGAGAAGUUUUUAAACACCCUAUAGAAUUUAGUUAUUCAAAUCUAUACUAAUGUUAUAAAGCUGAAGAGUUUGUUUGUUUGAACGCGCUAAUCCCAGGAACUACUGGUCCGAUUUGAAAAUUUCCUUCAGUGUUAGAUAGCCCAUUUAUCGAGGAAGGCUAUAGACUUAUACCGGUACGGGUAGUUCCCACGGGAUGCGGGUGAAACCUCUGGCAGAAGCUAGUAUCCAAUAUAGCAGAGAAAUUCUAUUAGUUGUUUUAAAAGUCCUCCACUUGUUAGUAACUUUUUAUACUUUUUUAUACAUAUGUAACCACAUUAAAUAAUCGCUUUAUACAUAAAAUAAAAGAUUUGAUCAAGUA